AUGAAUAUCUAUGAUAAAGAAACUAAUAAUUCUCAAACUUUAUCUAAUAGGAAGUUAAAAUUUUAAGAUAUCUUAACCUAAAUUAAUCAAUUAAAGGUAAUUGAUUGAGAUAAUAUUAUAGUAAAUCAUAACUUUAAUGGAUGAAAGAUUAUAGCAAGUGGAGAAAGACAUUAUUAAAAACGAAAUUGAAUAAGAAUGCAAUCAAUAAUAUUUACUAAAUGAGACAAUAUACUUAUCUGAUUUUAUCAAUCUAAAUGAAUUAAUAUCCCAUUUCCAUAACAUAAUUUCCAUACUUUAAAGUGCUUUUGGAGAUAUACAUAAAAACAUAAAAGUGUAAAAUAAAUAGGUUGCAAUAGAAAACUAAGAAUAAUCAAAAGAUGAUGAGAAAGAAAGAUAGAAUGCAAAAUAAUCACAAUUAAUUUAAUAAGAAAAUAAUGAAAAAGCAAAUUUAUAAAUUUAAUUAUUAAAACAGAAAGAAUCUGAAUAAUUACUUAAAAUUUAGAAUUUAACACUAAUAAAUCAAAUUGAAUAAAAAUCAAAAAAUGCUAUAAUUUUAGAAUCCUAAUUGAAAGAGUAAAGCAAGAAAAAAUAAGAAACACAGAUUUUGUAGAAAUUCAAAUAUGAAUAAAUUAAUUAAAAUAAUUCAAUCAAGUAAUAAGAAUUUUGUGGAGCAUUAUCAUUCAAUGCGGAUUGUUCAAUUCUUGCAGUUGGCUGCAAUAAAUAAAUUAAAAUGUAUGAUUUUAUGUAAGGAACAUUGAAAUUAAUCCAAACAUUAAAUGAUCAUUAUAAUAUUAUUGUAACACUCAACUUUAUGAAAAAUAACAAUUAACAAUUUGUAUCAGGCAGUAGUGAUAAUUAUAUAUUUGUUUGGAUAUUGAAUCAAAAUUAUUAAUGGGUAUGCCAAUAAAAAUUAUAAGGGCAUACUUCAGGGAUAUUAUGUUUAAUUUUGAGUGAAAAUGAUGAUCUAAUGAUUACAGGAAGUAGAGAUAAAAAAAUUAAAUUUUGGAUUAAACCAAAUAACAAUGCUGAUUGGUCUUGCUCUUAGACUAUUUCAGAACAUAAAGAUUAUGUUAAUGCUGUUAGUAUGAAUGAAAAAGAGAACAGAUUAAUUUCAUGUGGAGAAGACAAACUAAUUCUAGUUUUUGAAAGACCAUCAAAAUUUUAAGAUUAAUGGAAUCUAAUUUAAAAAAUUACAAUACAAAUUAUGGGAUUACGAUUAAGUUUUAUAAGUGAUAAUCAAUUCACAUUUUAACCAUGUAAACAAUCUUAUAUGAGUGUUUUUGAUUUGGAUAAAAAUAAUAUUUAUAAAUUGAAAGCUGAUGUUGCUGUUAAAGGAGGAAAUGAUGAUUGUUAUUAUCUUUUUCCUUAAUAAUUCAAUAAGUAAAAAAAUGUACUUAUUAAUAAGAAUGUUAGUUAUAUCAAUUUCAUAAGGAAAAAUGAAAAUGGAGAACUAAUUACUGAGUAAUCCAUUGAUUUUUGUACAAAUUCAAUAAAUGGAAAACUAAGUAAUGAUGGAGAAUACUUAGCAACAUGGGAUAGAAAAUCAUGGGAAAUUCAAAUAAGAAAAUAUUAUGAGUUUUGA